GUGUACACAACACCCAUAGUUUCAACAUUCGGCUGAGAUAACCAUGGGGUCGGAGCAGUACCAGCCGCUACUCCUCGGACCUGACUCAUAUUCCCGGAUUCCUGACUUGUCAUCCGCUGAGAUUGAAGAAUUUUUGGAGCGAAGGCCUAUAGCACUAAGGUGGUGGCCUAGGCUAGUGGCAUGGGAGUCGAGGCUGCUAUGGAUUUUAUCCGGUUCAUCUAUCGUAGUUUCGCUUUUCAAUUACAUGCUCAGCUUUGUCACAUUGAUGUUUUGUGGCCAUCUGAGUGCAUUGGAGCUUGCUGGAGCCUCUAUUGCAAGUGUGGGAAUCCAAGGUCUUGCUUAUGGGAUUAUGUUGGGCAUGGCGAGUGCUGUACAAACUGUUUGUGGGCAAGCCUAUGGAGCCAAACACUACGGAGCAUUGGGGAUAAUAUGCCAAAGAGCAAUCGUCUUGCACUUGGGAGCAGCAAUCCUGCUUACAUUUUUGUACUGGUGGUCAGGUCCAAUACUCGUAGCCAUGGGACAAUCAGAAAGUAUAGCAGAACAAGGUCAGAUCUUUGCGCGCGGCUUAAUCCCUCAACUCUAUGCAUUUGCCAUAAACUGCCCACAACAGAGGUUCCUUCAGGCACAGAACAUAGUGAACCCUUUGGCAUACAUGUCCGUUGGAGUUUUCCUCCUUCACACUAUUCUCACUUGGUUGGUGGUUUAUGUUGUGGACUAUGGACUAAUAGGUGCUGCUCUUACACUGAGUUUUUCUUGGUGGUUGCUUGUGAUUACGUAUGGGAUUUACAUUUUAGUAAGCCCCAACUGCAAGGAAACUUGGACUGGUUUCUCAUGGAAAGCCUUUUCGGGAAUUUGGCCUUAUUUUAAGCUAACUCUUGCUUCUGCUAUCAUGUUGUGUUUGGAGAUUUGGUACAAUCAAGGGUUAGUGCUUAUAUCAGGGCUCCUAGCCAACCCUACAAUCUCAUUGGACUCCAUUUCUAUCUGCAUGAACUACUUGAACUGGGACAUGCAAUUUAUGCUAGGCCUCGCUGCUGCAGCAAGUGUUCGAGUGAGUAAUGAGCUAGGUGCUGGUCAUCCAAAGGUGGCCAAAUUUUCUGUGUUUGUCGUGAACGGGACCAGCAUCCUGAUUAGCAUAGUGUUCAGUGCUAUUGUGCUGAUAUUCAAAGUUGGAUUGAGCAAGCUAUUUACGAGUGACGCCGAUGUUAUUGAGGCAGUAUCUGAAUUGACCCCCUUGCUAGCCAUCUCUGUUUUCUUGAAUGGCAUUCAACCUAUACUCUCAGGUGUGGCAAUUGGAAGUGGAUGGCAAGCUGUUGUAGCUUAUGUGAACCUGACUUGUUAUUAUAUUAUCGGUCUUCCAAUUGGGUGUGUUCUUGGCUUCAAAACUAGUAUGGGAGUAGCAGGUAUUUGGUGGGGGAUGAUUAUUGGAGUAUCUUUACAGACAGCAACUCUAAUUGUUCUCACUGCCAGAACCAACUGGGAUGCUGAGGUUGUGAACGCGGCUGAGAGAUUGAAGAGAUCUGCAAGUGUUGAACAAUUGCUCUUGGAGGAAAACGGCGUAUGAGUCUAUAAGAAGUGUUCACAGUUCAAACCUCAUUUACCAGGGUUUCAUGUGGUGCGCUACAAUGUUUUUUUUCCUUGCAGCAUUGUCAACGAGAGUUGGGCUAUAUCUUUGUUUCUUUCCUUGUAUAGAACCAAUCAGAUGUAGCCAAUUUUGAUUAUUUAAGGAGACCCUCGUAUUUCUUUAA